CCCAGCCAAGCUGAGCUGCUGACAGCUGCUUGGGACUCUGCCGCCAGGCCCCAGCUGGCUUCACAACUCCUCCACUUCUCAGCCACUGUUCCUCCAUGGCUCAGAAAGAAGAGGUCGCUGAGGCUGCAGCGCCAGCCUCCCAGAAUGGAGAAGAGCUGGAGAACCUAGAAGACCCUGAGAAGCUGAAGGAGCUCAUCGACCUGCCGCCCUUUGAGAUCGUCACUGGGGAGCGGCUGCCUGUCAACUUCUUUAAAUUUCAGUUCCGGAACGUGGAAUACAGUUCCGGGCGGAAUAAGACCUUCCUCUGCUAUGUGGUGGAAGCACAGAGCAAGGGAGGCCAAGUGCAGGCGUCCCGGGGCUACCUGGAGGAUGAGCAUGCAGGUGCCCAUGCUGAGGAGGCUUUCUUUAACACCAUCCUGCCGGCCUGCGACCCGGCCCUGAAGUACAGUGUCACCUGGUAUGUGUCCUCCAGCCCCUGUGCAGCCUGCGCUGACCGAAUUCUCAAAACGCUCAGCAAGACCAAGAACCUGCGCCUGCUCAUCCUGGUGGGCCGGCUCUUCAUGUGGGAGGAGCCAGAGGUCCAGGCCGCUCUGAAGAAGCUGAAGGAGGCCGGCUGCAAACUGCGCAUCAUGAAACCCCAGGACUUCGAGUACAUCUGGCAGAAUUUUGUGGAGCAAGAAGAGGGUGAAUCCAAGGCCUUUGAGCCCUGGGAGGACAUUCAGGAGAACUUCCUAUAUUAUGAGGAGAAGCUGGCAGAUAUCCUGAAGUAGGCAGCAGAGCGCAGCCUUCUGUCUGCCCGCUGCCACCCGGAGAAGCAGUGACAUGGAUGGCACUCGGGACAGGCUGGUCUUCCCAAUUAUACCUGGAGUUGGACGUUUGACACCAACCAAUACCUGGAGUUGGACAUUUGACACCAACCAAUUGUACUGGACAAGGCCCUCCCUCCGAGAACUCGGCGCACCCAGGCCGUCACACCGUCAUGCCUUUUGUAAUGUGGCUAUUGGGAGAAAUUGAAGGGAAGAAAGGCAGCUGUAUGUGGGCACCUGGGGUGGAGGCUCUUCCUGCCUACCCGGGGUGCUGCCUGAGACAAAGAUCCUCAGAUUCAAGGCACAGACCUUUGAAACAUCAAGGAAAGUGUUUUGAGUUGGGCUGGGUUGUUGGUGUUUGUUUUUUUAAAGGCAAAAUAGCAUCAUUAAUAAAGGAAAUAGUGUGGUUUUUGUGGCCUGUUCUUUUAAGAAAGUUGGGCAGUGGAACGUUCCCAUGGACAGUGCGUGGAUACUGGGCACAGGGAUAUUGUAGGCUAAGAACCAAGCUGUGACAUUGGGGUGGUAAAGUCAGGUCUUGACAAUGAGGAAACUAGCUCUCCAAGGCUGACUUCUCACCAUGACCCCAACAUUCACUUAUUUUCUCCUGAGGGCUGGGGAAAUGGCAACAAAGGUUCAAAUCCUGAGAACCCAUGUAAAGCAGUGUGCAGUAGCACAUGACAAGAGAUGGAGAAUCCCUGGAGGUGUGCUAGCCAGCCUGGUAUACCCAGUGGCAACCAGGAGACUGGGAUUCAAACCAGGUGGAAGGUGAAGACCGCCAUGAUUGGUCCUCUCACCUCCAUCUGCGUGCGAUGACACACACAUGGACUUCUUCCAGGAGGAACUCUAGUUUGCCAGCAGGGUACGUCCCCAGCGUGUGCAAGGCCCUCACUCCAUCCCCAGCACUAAGGAAAAUUAAACACUUUCUCCUGGGAUUCUUUGUAAACGGUAGCUUUUCCUUUCCUCUGAAGAUAAUAUGGUGGGGGUCACAAGGCUCGUGGAAUUUUAUGGGAUAUCCACACCUCAACGGCCAAGCAAUAAGCAAUUUCCUUCUCACUAGAGAGGGUCCAAAGAACCAAGUCAAUGUUCACUCACACUGUGAGAUUCCAAAAAGCAGCACGUGAAAGACCAUGACCAGAAGGUGGCAAGUAUCAUUUCCCAAAAGGUUUGUGGAGUGCUCUGCAGAGGUGAAGUCACGCUUACACGCCUGGGUGUCAGUCAGAUCCAUCUAGGUUUCCAAGAAGGUUGUACUCAGUCUGUUGUCAGGCUGUUUCCUUCCCUCAGGUUUCAUGGGUGAUGAAUCACCGGAAUUUGACCCCAAGGCACUUGAUAACAUCCCCACCAAGGCCCAGGAUGUCACUGAUAAUCAGGCUCCCUGACAAAAAUUAACUAUUAACUAUAAUCCCCCUAAAAGCAAAGGAGUCCUUGAGAGCUACCGAUUUGACUAAGUAUUAAGAUGUUUCCGUAGGGGCUGGAGGUGUAGUUUGCUAGAGGGGCAGCCUAAGAUGAAGGGCUACAGAUUGAGUCUGUAGAGAAAGGAAGGAAAGAUUAACCACAGUGAAAUAAGAUCAUCUUCUGCCCAUCACCCUGAUCUCAUCUACUUCAUGAAAUUAAGACAUUUCUCCCUACAGUGUUAAAGACCCGAGAAGGUUCCAAUAAAAGCUUUGGUCUAAGUUUAUAAUGAACUCCCCCCACAGCAACAUGUAGAACUCGUCUGUCCCCAGAUAGAAAAGUGAAACACUUUCCGAGCUGCUGCUGCCUCCUGGGAGAAAGUACCAAGAUUGGUGGCCAGGGAUCGGUCGCCAGUGCCUUCCCGGUGCUCCCACAAGCCUUUUGUAAAACUUAGUUGUUUUUUUACGCCUGGAACACCACACAUCCUGAGCAACCAGCACUCACAGUGUGCAGCCUUUCAGUUCCACCACCUAGGUGGGAGGGUCCUAGUCUCCCCAGGAACUCACAACGCGCAGGCACUCUCCCUACACAGACAGGUGUGUCCUGAGCUUCUGAAGAGGAGCCAAUGACGACCGCAGUGCUCUCAAGAUCCAGUUAGCUGCACCUUACCAUCUUCCAGGGAGGGAGAGACACGAACAAACCUGGACCCUCCUCGCCACUGAGUCUUCAGUUACUUCGUCAGCCUCCCGACUAAAUCCACGGCCCCCCCGCCUUCUAAUCAGGUGGACCCAUUCCUGUCCGCA